AUGCCAUCUUGGACGCUAACAGCUGUUAUGGCGGCAGAUGAAGGCGAAGAACAGCAGGCCUGGGCUACGCCAUCAGUCUCGCAUCGUCACGAUGAGUCGCCACCGUCGAGCCCAUCAUUUGCGCCGGUAGGGCGUCCGAUGGUCAGAAAGCGUUUCCGGGCCAAGCUUCCAGACCCGCUGCACCUGGACCUGCCAGGGGUGAACCGAUUCAGCACGCUGCGGAACUCAUACUCGAAAGCCGUGGCAUCGAGGAUAGACCGUUCCGACAACCUCAAGUUCAUCGAGCAGUUCCGGUACACGAUCGUCGCAUCGCAAUUGUUGAGUGGGCACUCGAUAGCUGGGCAGCAGAACUACCACAACCGGCCGAAGGACGCACCAGAGGCCACUUUGACCGGUGUCACUCCAACUUCGACAACAGGGCUGUUAGCGACGGCGGCCGCCGCGCUUGUUGUUGCAUGGAUGGUAAAAUGGGUCUAUUCGGGGGGAUAUUCGCACCUGACGAAGAAGCGCGUGGCGUUCUCGGCAGCCUUCAUGGUUGCGGUUGCUGUGGUCUCGCAGGCUUACUUCCGCCAGCAGUGGCUUCGGUAUCUGAGGGACCAGGCGCUAGACGAGGUGACCACUUUCGUCUCCAAGUCGCAAGAUUUUGACAGUGCCUGCAGUGCGGCACUGGCACUCAUCCAGGAAGUUGAGCUCGUUUCCCGUGGUUACAGGAUAAGUGCGCCUCUCCCUCCCAUUAGCCGCAUCGAGGACCGAUCCCAGACGCGCCGUUGCAGCAGGCUGCGAAAGGCGUUGAGGGGAGAAUUCUUAGAUAUCAUCGAGAGUUACAUGCAGGUAUCCUCGGCGAUCAAAGGGUUCGCCGAGCAGGUGGACCUGGAGAAAUACCAUGAUAUCUACGACAUCAGUGAUUUCGACAUCUCAGAUGCGAUGCAAGGCUUCUCCUACACAGAGUUCGACGAUCGCGAGUCUCUGCGGUCCUUGAAGAUCGCCGCCGCCCGCUUCCACAUCAUUCGCAAGCUUCUGCUGUGCUCCCUCCUUGCCUAUGAGGCAGCGGGCGACAACACCGACUUCUUGCGAUGGUCAACGGCGGUGGAGGGCCUGAGGACGCUCAAUGACGCUACAGCCCAGAGCUUCGAGAGAGUUCGCCAGAUCCUCGCGGAAGAGGAGACUUUCCCUGUCAUUCUCGAGACGAAACUGCCAUUAUCUCCCAACCGGGAGAAACGACGGUCGCAGUUCAUGAAACUGAACUCUUUAUCGAUGGGUAUUCGAGGCCUUCAAGCGAAAUUUGCGCUUUUGCGAGAGGAGUCGGAAAGGACUCUCAACGAGGCAGAGGACGUGUCGGAACUGGGACCCAACCUGAUGGCGCAGUACGAAUCCAUUGGACAAGACCUGAAGAUGCUCACACAAGCAUGGGAAGAGGGCAAAGCCGCCCUAGCGUCGGGCAUUGACCGGAACGAGAAGAGGCUGUCGUCCAUCAGCACUCUGCUUUCACCUGCAUCAUCAUUAAGCGGGCUCACGACUGUUGAGGAGGGAGGGGCGCUCGAGGCACUCCGAGCCUUGACUGGAGAGUCGCCCAGGAACUCGAGCUGUGGAAGCCAAAAGGGAGAUUCGGACGAAGCAGAAGUGUUCGAGGCAGUGUCUCUGCCGUCCCGUCCUCGCAGUCUCUUGACGAGGGAGGAGCGGAUCGCCAAAAUGAAGGAAGAUCGGGAGAGGAGAGAAUCUGCCAGGGAGAAGUCGGAGGCCAGCCGCGGGAUGCUCCGAGAACUCGAGACGGUCAUCAACCUGCGGCCGAAGCGCGCUACCAUGCCAGCACCAUCGCGCAACUCGUUAUGA